AUGGAGAAACAAGGUAAAGGGGAUAUUGGUACUGGUAUCAAUUUUGGAGGCGGAACACAUGGUGGUAAGACUGGAAGAGGAAGUGGUGGUGGUGGUGAUGGCAGGAAGCAUGAUGGUAGUGGUGGUAAACAGGAGAGUGGRCUUGGUGGUGGACAUGCUGGACAUAAUGGUGGAUUAGAGAAACAAGGGAAAGGCGAUAGUGGUACGGGUAUCAAUUUUGGGGGAGGAACACAUGGAGGUAAGACUGGAAGAGGAAGAGCAAUUGGAAGUGGAAGUGAUGUUGGUGGCAGGAAGUAUGGUGGUAGUGGUGGUAAACAAGGGAGUGGGCAUGUUGGACAUAAUGGUGGGAUGGAGAAACAAGGUAAAGGUGAUAGUGGUACUGGUAUCAACUUUGGAGGCGGGAAACAUGGAGGUGAGACUGGAAGAGGAAGCGGAAGUUGGCAUGAUGRUGCUGGCGGUAGUAGUGACGCUAAAUAA